UAAUAUAAUUCGAGAAAACAUAUUAUCGUUUUAUUCUUCAUAUUAGUGGAUCUAUAUGACUUUCAAAAUGAGUUACCUUCGUAAGUUAUUGAUGGGGUUGCUUAUUUUGUUGGGUGAACGAGAAUUGGACCCCAUUGUGAGAAAAAAAGCUGACGAUUCUUACGAUUUUAUUGUGGUUGGAUCUGGACCUGGAGGGGCAACUGUAGCAAGUAGAUUAUCAGAAAUGCCAGAUGCAAAAAUUUUAUUGCUGGAAGCAGGUGAAAGUGAUUUGAAAGAUUCACGUAUAAAAGUGACAACCCGGGCGCGUGAACUUGCUAAAACAGAUAUAGACUGGAAAUAUGAAACUGAGAAAGUGUCACGAUAUCCAUUUGUUGAUCGGACUUUUUCGAUUCCACGAGGAAAAACUCUAGGAGGAAGCAGUUCCAUCAAUUACGGUGCCUAUAUCAGGGGUUCACCGCUUGAUUUUGAUUCCUGGGAAGACUCGGGAGCUGCAGGAUGGGGAUGGAAUAAUGUUGAACCUUAUUUUCGCAAAGUGGAAAACGCAACAAUGGAAGGAAUGUCAGCUAAACUAGGAAAGAAUGGAAAUUUAAAAUUAUCCAGAAACCAUAUUAAGCCAUCAAAAGCUUGGAAUUUAUUUACAGAAGCAGCAGCCGAAAUAGGUAUAAAACCAACUAAUAAUAUUGAUGACAUGGAAGGAAUCAGUCCAAUGACAUUUACGUCAUACAAAGGAAUCAGGCAGAAUUCAGUGACGGCCUACAUUCGUCCAAUACAAUAUCAACGGAAAGACCGACUUCAUAUUGUCACAGGAGCUCUUGUAUCAAAAAUUUCAAUAGAUACAAAAUCUGAAUCCGUAGCCAGAGCAUAUGGUGUUGAGUACUUGAAAAAUGGAAAAUAUCAUACCGUACAAGCAAACAAAGAAGUUAUCAUUUCAGCUGGUGUAAUAGGAACACCACAAAUUCUGCUUUUGUCUGGAAUAGGUCCACAAGAGGACUUACAAAAUCUUGGUAUUCCUGUAAUAAAGAACUUACCUGGAGUUGGAUCAAAUUUGCAGGAUCAUUGGUUUAAUCCGGUAGACUUCAUGACCAAUUUAACAAAUCCUCCACCGGUAGGGAAUCCAAUGAUGCAGUAUAUACUCAACGGAACCGGUCUUAUGGGCAUGGACCAACAUGUCACAACCAUCUUCAGGAAAACACGAUUGAGUGGCACACCAACAAGUUUGAGUUCAAGAAGACGACCGUUUCCUGAAAUUCAGCUGUACCUGAGAGAACGUCCAGCGUUACCAAGUAUUAGCAUAUUCGCCCAGCUGUUGCAUCCUAAAUCGAAGGGAACAAUAAAAUUGAGUUCAAGAGAUAUACGGGAUCAUCCAGUAAUCGACGCAAACUUUUUUGGCCAUGAAGAUGAUGUACGAGUCCUUACAGAAGGAUUUCGUUUGAUUGAGAAGUUUGAGAAAUCUUCUUUCUUUCAAAAAGCUGGAGCUAAAAUGGUUAUGCCUGCCAACUGCAAUGGAUCGAUAUAUGGGAAUCCCCCAAGGAGUGACAAGUUUUAUAAUUGUCUUAUAUGGGAGAGAAGUGGUACAGGAUUCCAUCCAUGUUGCACUGCUAAAAUGGGAUUGCGCUCUGAUAAAUAUUCUGUCGUUGAUUCACACCUGAGAGUGAUUGGCAUCAAAGGUCUUCGUGUGGUUGAUGCUUCCGUGUUUCCACAUCAAAUAUCGUCGAAUACUCAAGCCACGGUGUAUAUGAUCGGUGAAAAAGCAGCAGAUAUGAUAAAAGAAACUUGGCAAACAUCAAAAGUCUAAUGUCACUAGUUUUACGUGGUUGUUAGUUGUUUACCGCAGUCCAUAAAAUGUCCACAUACAACAUUUCUUGUUCUAGUCUCGAUGUUUAACCCCAAUUAUGUCCUGAUUUUUGCUUAAAAUAAAAAAAUCCAGGCUCAAUAUUUACGCUGAGGCUAACAAGA